GACACAGACAUUUCUCAUCUUCCUCUUUCUCUCUCUCUCUAGUUUCUCUCUCUAGAAAAUUUUUGUGAGAAAAAAAAAAAAAACAAUGGCUACUGAAGUUAGUUCUUUAAUUCGUGUUCUUGGUGGUGGUGGAUACAAAGAUGAACAACAACAUCGAACGGUUGGGAAUGAUUCUCAUGGUGAGAAAUCAACGGCUCUGAUUACAAGAGACUUGCUUGGUGGGUCUUCUUCAAUUGAAUCCCAAGAAUUGGAUCUUGAUUUGCAAGUUCCUAGUGGUUGGGAGAAACGUCUUGAUUUGCAGUCAGGGAAAGUUUAUAUUCAAAGGAGUAACACAUUAACAACAUCACCAAUAUCUGAACAAAAAAAUCAAAUGAAACCAACAACACCAAAACUUCAAGACCUAAAUUUUCCAUCAUCAACAAAUUCAAAUGUUCCAAUGAACUUAUUUGAUGAAACAAAUUUAGACCUAAAACUUGUUUCAUCAACUUUACCAACAAACAAUUACCAAAGUGUGUGUACACUAGACAAAGUGAAAUCAGCACUAGAAAGAGCUGAAAAAGAACCAAUAAGAAAAAGAGGAUCAUUUUUGAAGUCAUCAAUUUCAGCUACAUCACCUUCAUAUUCAUCUUCAUCAUCAUCAAUUAAAGAAACAAUUCAUCAAGAAGAAGAAAGUGAAGAGAAAAUUAUUUCAUCACCAAUGGCUGCAGGGUGUCCUGGUUGCUUAUCUUAUGUUUUAAUAAUGAAGAAUAAUCCUAAGUGUCCUAGGUGUAACUCAAUUGUUCCAAUUCCUUCCAUGAAGAAACCUAGGAUUGAUCUUAAUAUUUCAAUUUAAUAAUUGAUUUAUUAAGUAUUAAAGAUAAUAAUUAAUUACCUACAUUUCUAAUAUAAUUUUUUUUAUUUCUUUUUACGAUUUGUAAAUUGAAUGAUAGAUGAUAAAUUUAGGUGGUUUAAUGAUAGGAUCAAUUUUAAGGGAUAGUACUAUUGGGCAAAGUUUAUGUAUAUUGAAAAAUCAUUGCAGUUUUUACUAGAGAAACUAAUGGAAAUUUUUUUCUCUCUUUUUA